AUGGACAUUGACGAAGAAGAAGCAGUUUGGGAUGUUACUAAUUUUUCCAAUUUUUCUUCUACAGCUUCUACUUCCUUUAACACUUUGGAAUUUGAUGAGCAAUCUGGAUCUUCAUCACAAAAACCGAAAAAAGGACGGCAGGUUGGGCGGAAACAAGUCGGAGUGAAUGCAACACUUGAUAGUUUAUUGGGCCAGGCAAAUUUAGAACAGGCUCGUGGUCGAACAAAACAAGCAAUGUCUUAUCUUUUUGAGGCAAUACGUAUAGCUCCAUAUCAUGUCCAAACUUACAAGGAAAUUGCUGAUAUUUUUGCUGAACAAAAUCAACCUGAAAAAAGUUUCGAAUUUAAACUAUUAGCGGCAUUAUUAACCGACAAAACAACAGCUGUAGAAUGGGAUGAUAUUGCAGAAUUAUCACGUUCAUUUAAUAGACUUGAGUUGGCUAUUGCUUGUUUAGCUAAAGCAAUUAAAAAAGACCAAGGAAAUUGGCUUUAUUAUGAGAAAAGGAUUCAAAUACUUGAUUCAAUUGGGGAUAUUGAAUUGGCAAUGAAAACAAGACUUCAAGCAGCACAGUCUAUUAAUUGUCAAAAUUCUCAAAUUAAUUUUGCUUGGAUUGAUAAUCUUAUUAAAACAGUUUUUAAUUUAAAAUUAUUUUUUAAAUUUACUUUUAAGGCUGCUGACUAUUUUUGCACGUUAAAAGAUGAGGAGAAGGCAACAGAAGCAUUGGAAACUUUUAUUCUCCGGAGUAGAGAAUUUGGUCGUUCUAUAGAUUUUGAACAUUUGGCUUUAUUGGGAAUGUGGAUGAAUAAUGAACGUUUUGAGGAUUCUGCAAAGUCUAUACUUGCUCUUCACCAAAAUUUAAUUCAAGCUAUUGGUGAAAAUAAUUCUCCAGCAAUUGAUAUAAAAAUAACAAAUGCUGGUUAUAUGCUUGAACCAUUCCCUCCUGUUGGUAAUAUUCGUUGGCGUAUAGAUCCAGCUUUAUCAAAUAUAUUCAUUACUCAUCUAAUUAUUUGUUUUAUUCAUUUAAAUCUCUUCCAUUUUAAUUCUGAUUUAAUUGAUUUACUUUUGGUACGACCAUUUGGACAGAAUGAAGAUAAUGCUUAUUUAGAAAUUGCAAGGUCAUUACAUGCUGUUGAUCAAGUUGGAAUGGCUGUUGGAUUUAUUGAUAAACUUUGGAAUAAAAAACCUGAAUUUAAAGAGAAUGCUGAUGCUUGGUUUUUAUUUGGUUAUUUUCAACAGUUGUUAGAUAAUUUUGAAGAUGCAAAGAAUGCUUAUGAGAAAGUUAUAAUUUUACAACCUGGACAUAUUGAUGCUUGUAUAAAUUUAUCAACAAUACUUCAACAAAUGGGACAGAGUGAUCUGGCAUUGGAGACGCUGAAAGAUUUAAAUUUGGAUUCUUGUUCUCAACUUCCAGAAGAGCGUUUAUUAAUUAGGCAAGCAGAAGUACUUUUAGCACAAAAUAAAACACUUCAAUAUAUUACUACACUUCGACUUUUACUUGUUCCACAUUUUUAUGAUGUUCAUUUAUCUGGUGAUGAAUUAAUAAAGAAAGGAAGAAGAAAAACUGUUAAAAUUCUACAUAUGAGUUUAACUAGAUGUGCUAUGGAUACAAUUAGAGGAAGUCCUUUAGAGAGAAUGGUUAAAAGACUGGGCGCUAUUGCUAUUGCAAAUCAUAGACCAAUGGAUAAUUUGGGCCCUCAUGAGCUACACGAUUAUGCAUUUAAACUUGCCGAAACUCUUUAUCUUGCUGGUGAAUAUGAAGAAAUGCUUUGUGUUGUUUGUUAUGCUUUUGUCCAACCAAAAAUCGCUAGUUUAAACUCAAAAAUGUUUACUUCUCUAUUAUUUUUUGCCAGUAUUAAAGCUAGAGAUUAUACUUUAGCUUUUGAUUUUUUGCGUUUUUAUAUGACUUUUACUUUGCCAAGAAUUACAAAAGGACGAGAAUCAACGGAAUCUGCUUCCGCACAAGCAUUACUUCCACAAUCCCAUCUUCCAACAGAAAAUUUAAAUUAUGUUUAUGCAGCAAUGAAUUUUAUUCUUUGUCAACAUCAAAGUGUCAAUUAUCACCGUUUUAUUAUGCGACAACUAGUCAAAUUACCUGAUUGUGAUUCUUUACAUAUUAUUUCUGGGAAUAAUUCAAUGGUUACUGGCUCUUAUAGACACGCUCUUGGCGAAUAUUUUAUGGUUUGGUUAAAGCAUCAAGACAAUCCUUUAUUGGCUUUUUUGAUUGCUUUAGCUUUUGCUCAUAUUUCUUGUAAGAAGGACAUUUCUUCACGGCAUGUUGUUGGACUUCGGGCCUUAGCUUUUAUGAGCAAAUAUUCAAAUCUUCGUUCGCCUUUUCUUUCUCAAGAAAUUGAAUAUAAUAUGGGAAGACUUUUUCAUCAAAUGGGCAUUUUAUCAAAUGCAAUUCGAUGCUAUGAAAGAGUUUUAUAUGAAUGUCCAACACCAAUGAUCUUAACAGAGGGCCCGCAUGGAGAAAGAAGAGAAGAAUUGGCAAUGAAGUGAGUGUUUAAUAUUUAUGUUAUUGGGUUUUGGAAAAUUUAAAAAUGAAUUUUUUGAAUGAUUGUUGAAUUUGUUUUGUG